AUGGAAUCUGAGUUUGAGAAUGCCAAAGAUGAUGAAGUCAUCUACAAGCUCGUUGGGCCGGUACUAGUGAAGCAGGACAAGUUUGAGGCGGAGAACACGGUCAAGGGACGACUCGAGUUCAUCGGCAAAGAGAUUGACCGAGCGGAGGAAAGCAUCAAGGAUAUCCAAAAGAAGAUUGACGCCAAGAGAGGGGAGUUGAUACAGCUCCAGGCUGCGGGGCAAGCAGCGGCACAGGCUGCGGCACAGGGUGCGGAAGGCAAGGGCAAGGAGGUGGCGGCGUAG